GUUAGACUGUCCAAAGAGAGAUCAAGCAGGAUCUUGGUCCAAGUGCUCUAGUAGCCGGUAGCAACAGCAGUAAUAUGGAAAAAAACACUGAUCGACCUAUGUCACGAAAAUCGAAGCUUUCACUUUCUACAAAGAAGCGCAAAUCAGCAUUGUCAUUGGCAUCGCCUUCAUCGUCGUUACCUGUAGGGGAUGCGGUGGACAUUGAGAGCACACAAUCCAGCCUGCCGCGAACUCUUGGCAGCAGUAACAAUAACAACACAGCGAACACGCAAAGCGAUACUACAUUUUCACAACAGGCUCCUAUUGUAAUGGAAUCAAACAAUGAGUCUGUCGAAGCAAAUCCUGUCAAUAACCAACACACAGAGGAACCUCAGUCAUUGGCACCUGUAACAAAGUCACAACAACUAUCACAAAGCUCAUCAAGAGAUGCAAGUACACAGGUCGAUGAAUUAUCACAGGACAGCACCCAACAUUCGAUUCAUUCACUCGAACCGAGCGCACAGCAGCAACAUCCGUCAACACCAUGGGAGGAUAUUGAUGACACGACCUCUCAAAAUGAAAUUCCCAACACACCCAGAAAUUCAUCGUCGAAACCUAACUCACUGCAGCAAUUCAAAUCAGCCAGUGGCGCCAUUGACACCGACAACGCGGACAAGAUAUCAUCAGUAGAGCAAUCCAGAUUUCCCGACAUGCAUUCGAUCAAAAAUGAAAGCUCACAACGAUCGACCAAAUCAGACAAGAGCAGCAAGCCAUCCUAUGAUACAACACCGUUCCCAAGCAAAGAAAAUAUGGAUAUAUAUUUUGAAGAUAAUGCCAAGGGCGACGAAACUCAAUACGUGGUAUGCAGUUUAGGCAAAAUAAACAGCGAACAAAGAUCAGCACCAAUCGACAAAGACGCCCCACUAUAUACUGAAAGCGUAUCAUCAUCACCAUCAACCACUAACACCAUGAAAAAGCCAUUGCAGGAAGUAUCACAAUCAUCGCAGAAUAUGGUAGAAUCUCAGCCGUCAUCAGAGGUUACGAAGUCAAUGAGCUCGCCAUCUUCCUCUUCUGCCUCUGGUAGAGUAUCCUUUCGUGAGCUAUUUAAAUCGACGGAUGAUGAAAAGUAUAUGCCAAAGAAAAGGAAGAUUCCUGCGAGCAUGAGAGACAAACUGAGCCUCAGUAAAACCAGAAAGCGUCAAAAUCCGUAACAAGCACCUUUGCUUGGCGUCUUCACGCAUGUCUUAUAUUAUAUAUCACCUUUUACUCCCCCCUUCCCAAUUCCUUUACUGUAAAAAACUAUACGCCUCAUGUAAUAUAUACUUUUUAAACAAUGAAAAUCACCCUCAACAUAUA